GCUUACUGUAUUACAUCCCUUUCCUUCUCUAAAUUGAACCCAACGCUCUCAGUUUUUCCUCAGAGGUCGUGUUCUUUAAAUCUCUUGUUUUGGUUGUUCUUUCCUGGAGCCCAUCCAGUUUAUCUGCCUUGUUCUUAAAUCGUGGCACCCUUAGCUAGAUGCAGUGCACCCCUGAGCACUCACAAGGGUGGAUUAGAGCAGAAUAAAUAUCGCCACUGUCUGAGAACUGGCACUUCCAUUUGUACCUUCAAGAAUAACGUGUGUCUUUUUUACAUUAGCUCAUUGGUGAUGUCUUCAGUUUUUCCUCUACUGUAACUCCAGACAGUGCAGUCCUGCUACCUUGUCAAUUAUUUCCAGGUUUUUAUUUGUGCACCUGAUUUUUCUUUCCUAAAGGCAGUAGCAGCAACAGCAGCAUGCCAUAACCAGGAUGUCCCUGACCCCACACAACCCACCUGCUCCUCUCAUAGGUUCCAUACCCCAAAACAUGUCAGAGAGGCUGUGCUGGGACUUCCCCAGGGGCCAUUCUCAGCAUGCUGGCAUCCAAGGUCUCAAAAGUGGCACCCACCUGGAUGAGCAGAACACUUGGGUUCUUCCCCUGUUUCCAGGACUGAUUAUGUAUUUUAUAGUAAACAGUGAUUAAAUAAAAUUCAUAAUCUGUCUUUCAAGGAGGUUUGGAAUCCAGGACUCUGAUUUCUUAGGUAACUGCCCCAUCCCCUUCCAAGUCGUGCUAUCCCUUGUGCUCUCUCUUCUGUCUCUCUUUUUUUAAAAGAAAGAAGCCACAAUCAUCUUUUAUGCGGAACCUGAUCCUAUUGAGGUGUGCUUGACAUAUUUGGAAGAUGGCUAUUGGAAAUAGUGUCUUAGGUAAAUUAAUGUUUAGUUUGAGGAUUCCAGUUGGGCUUAGGGUGCCAAGCUUUUGGGGCAAUCCUAAGUGCCAAGGAUGCUUCACAGUCAGAAGAUGAGAUACCUGUAAAGUGCAGGUACUUCAUGGCUAGACACUAGUUGAGUGGGGGCGGAGGGGGGAUUGUAGUUUAUGAUUUAAGCUUUAUAUAAGUAAUAUUUUGGCACCCAUGUCCAUUAUUGCAUCAAGCCCAUUGUCUGUACAUGCAUGUGCUGUUCUUUUAUACUUGUCCUUAAGACUUUUGAUUUUCAAUUUUUGUACCAUUGCUUUUUUAUUUUCAACUAAUUGAGGAUUCAUGCACAGUGGUGUCCUGUCAUGCUUCCUAUCAGGCCCCUCAGCUGGAUAUUUGGCUUUGUGCCUUUAGUACGAUCUCCUUCAGAAACUACCAGCUCUCCUGAACUCCCUUUCCCUUAUUAUUCCUUCCUGUGGGACCUCACCACAAAUUCCGAGUGUUUGAAGUCCAGCUUGUUUACGUCGUCAGCAUUACUCUGUUGCCCUCACUUCUUCCUUUCCUCAGAAUCUUAAACUUGUUUUAAAAAAAAUUACCAGGAGUGAAUAAAGCUAAGCUGAGGGAUAGCAAAAAGGGUGCAGCUAGGAGACUGAAUCUGAGAGAUUUUUUUGACAAAAUGUGGUGUUUGAACUUGGAGUCAUCAUGAAGGCUGACUUGUGAUUGUGGGUGGAGUUCAAGAGAGUAUCAGAACUUUUCCCUAUACAAUACAAGUACUAGAAAAGAUGUCCCUCAUUAGAAAGAAUGGAGCUUGGAAAGGCAAAACUUCUGAGAACUGGUCUUAAUGCCUUGUGUCAGGCCAUACAUCCUGUGCAUGGUAUAGCCUGGACAGAUGGGAAGCAAGUGAUACUGACUGCUUUACACCUUCAUAAUGGAGAACCAAGGUUUGGUGACUCGAGUGUUGUUGGUCAGUUUGAGCAUGUCCAUGGGCUUUACUGGGGUCCAUGUGCUGCAGAUGCCCCAGCUCUGCUGGCUGUUCAGCAUAAGAAACACAUCACAGUUUGGCAGCUGUGUUAUAACAUUGCAGAAAGAAAUAAACUCUUGGUUUCUCAGAUUUGUGAAACUGGUGAGCCAUUUCCAGUGCUUCCACAAGGUUGUGUGUGGCACCCGAAGAAGGAGAUCUUGGCUGUGCUUACUACAAGGGAUGUCUCAGUCUUACACUCAGUACGUCUCAACAACUCCAGAAUAAAAGCUGACAUCAAAGGUAGUGGUCUAAUCCACUGUGCUUGUUGGACUAAGGAGGGCAAUCGCUUGGUGGUUGGCAUAGGCAGUGCCCUUCAUUCCUACACAUGGGAUGACACUCAGAAGACUUUAAACGCUUGCUCCUUUUGCCCCAUAUUUGAUGUGGGAGGCUACAUCUGUGCUAUAGAAUCUACUUUGAAUUCUCAAGUUGCUGUUACUACUGAGCUUCCACUAGAUAAGAUUUGUGGCUUGAAUGCAGGCAUUGCAUUUGAAGUCCCAGCUAGCAUGGAAAUAGAGUCUUUUCCUUCACAGUCCACUUUGUGUGCUGAUGAAGAGUUCUCCAUGGAUGUGGGCAAAAAAAUGUUAGAGGCAGAGAAACUUGUGCCAGUUACCUCAAUACCUUGUCCAUCUGUCCCUGUGGAUCUAACCCAUAUCUUUUGCAGCAGAGAAAGACCUGAUUCAAGUCCUUUUAUUCACCUGAGGGUCAAGGACUAUUUAACAGGAAGUGGCCAAGAUUCUUCACACCUCAUCCUGGUGACUUUUGAAAGAAGGGUUACCACUACCAAGAAGGUCAGCAUCCCAGGCAUUCUGGUCCCUGACAUAAUGGCUUUUGAUCCUAAAACACAAACUGUAUCAGUAGCCUCCAAUACUUGUAAUAUUAUUUUAGUCUAUUCAUUGACUUCAUCUAAUUUACCCAAUAUCCAACAAAUUCAGCUUGAGAAAAGUGAAAAGCCAAAGGGUUUAUGUUUCUUAACCUAUAAGUUAUUACUUAUUUUGGUUGGAAAGCAGAAAUUCACAGAUCCUGCAUUUCUUCCAUCUUCAAGGUCGGACAAGUACAGCAUCCGUCUGAUGAUCAAAGAAAUAAUCUUUGAAAAUGCUUCUUCAGCAUCUGCUGCUGCUAGUAAUAGCCCCAAUUCUAAUGCCUUUUUAAAUACGCCUGUGAAAAGAGGGCCACCGGAAAAUCUCCCAGCAGAAAUCCACCCUCUGAGUAAUGGACUCCUGAUACCAGGUCAGGGUAUUAUUCAGUCUCCUAACAGCAGAAAAAAACUCAUUGAAGAAAUUAAGAGCCCGGUCUAUGAGAAAAGCCUUUUGUCAAGUGUGAGUGAGCUCAGAGAAAAGAAGAUUUCUGUGGAUUUUCCCACCACUGUGGAAACUUUGGUAGUUGAGCCAAAUAAUCGACCCUCAGCCCUGCAUGGGACACCUACUACGUUUUCCAGUAGACCAGUAUCUCCAAAAAUACAUGUGGAUGAAGUUCCUGAAAUUUCAAAUUUGUCUAAAAAUAAUUUCUUGCUAAGUGAAAAGGAAGUAAGUUACUUAUCUAAAAACAUAGACGGAUUAUGUGGCAGCUUUACAGAAUUACAGAACCACCUUUUGGAGCUAACAGAGCUGCUAAAAUCUGGGAAGAAAUGUCUUCCAGUGUAUCCAUCUUCUCAGGAGCCGGCUUUUGUUAACAUCAUUUUUCAGAAGCAGCCUUCUAGAAGUGGUGCAGAUGAAAAGCGGGCUGUUAUUCUCUGUGAUGGUAAACUCCGUCUAAGCAUAGUCCAGCAGAUUUUCAGCCUUUCCCUUGUUGAAAUGCAACAUGGUUCCUGUUGGAUUGUUCUCGCGUCAGACAGCGAAGGCUUUAUUCCAUUAACAUUCACGUCCAUGCAAGAGGUCAUCAUACGAGAUGCCAGUUCAAAAGGCUACAGUGCCCAGUCCUCCAAAACGUUGGAUAUUAUCAGUUCUACGGAAGGAUAUAGACCCAUUUCUUCUGAGAGUCUGGAUAUCACCAGUUCUUUGGAAAUCCUCAGAGAACAUUCUUCUAAAACUCUUGAUAGUAGCAGUUCUUCAAAUCAGUCGAGCACUUAAAUGUAAUUUUAAUGCUUUUUUUUAAUGCCUAGUUGGUGUUAACAGGACAUUUUUAAAAUCACUCUCAUGUAAGACAGCCUUUAUAUACCACUGCAUAACGGAUGCACCUCAUAAGCUUUCUUUGUAACUAGAUCUUUUACAGUUUUGCUGGAUUCAGUGCUUUGUAAAUCUUGUAAUUAAUUU